AUGGAGCCAGGCCCAUCGCGCUGUGACCCAAACACUGAUUCUCCAUCUAUCGACGUGUUUCCAGAAAAUGUAAGAUUUCUCUUUAUUCUUCAGUUUUAGGAACAAAAAAGUAGCUGAUUUGCUUUUUUGUGUGAGAUAUCCUAGCGGACGCUGUAAAGAAGAAGUCUGGAUAUUUGACAGUUGAAAAAGGGCACUUGUCAAUUCAUUAUUGCAUCAUUUUCCAGGAACUGAGGGAGAAACGCAAGAAAGGGCUGGAGAAGGCGCGUGCAAACCUUGCGCAGAUGAUGCAAAUGAGGAAAAAGUCGGCUGAGAGCUUCAGGAAGAUCGCAAGACAGCCAAGACGUCAAGGACGAAGCCCAACCGAAUCUCCAACUCCUCCAGUUCUUCCUCAGUCGUCUGAAGUUGAAGUCCUCAAGAAUCAACUUGCUCAACUCACACAGAAAAUUAGGCAGUUGCGUCGGCGGAACAGACAGUUGGAGAAGAAGUUGAAGAAGGCCACAAGGCCGUUGGCCGGCAAGGUCAAUUUCUACUUCUAA